AUGGUGGCGAGGAUGAUGCGGUGGCCGCGGCCGCCGGCGGCGCGCAAGUUCCGCGCGCGGCUGGUGGUGCGGCGUGCGGAGGGGCUGCCGCCUCCUCCGCCUCCGCCUGCGACAGCGGCGGAGCCGGGCUCGCCGGAGCGCGAGGCGGCGGCGGGCGCCGCGCCGCCGAGGGCCGCUGUCGUCGCGGCGGAGGUGAGGUGGAAGGGGCCCAGGGCCUCCGUGCUCGGCUCGCUGCGGCGUGCCGCGGUCAGGCGCAACCGCACGCGGGAGGACGCCGGGGCGGCGUGGGAGGAGGAGUUCGAGAGCGUCGUCACCCUCGCGGCCGCGUCGCAGCGGGAGGGCGCCGCGUUCCACCCGUGGGAGCUCGCCUUCUGCGUCUUCAGCGAUAUCAACAAAGGCCCAAAGAAUAAACCAUCAAUUCUGGGAACUGCUUCUCUCAAUCUAGCAGAUUAUGCAUUGACGGCUGGAGAGACGAUUGAGAUAAUUCUUCCAUUGUCUGUACCUGGUGGUGCACCUGAACCAGCCCCAUCCCUUCAUCUCACUUUGAGUAUGGUGGAACUAAGAGCUUUUCAAGAAACAUCUGAUGCAUCACAGCGACCUGCUGCAACCUUGCCAUUGUCCCCAUCAUCUGGUGAUUCUCUUCCUGGAGGAAAAGAUGAGGUUUCAGUUAUUAAAGCAGGGCUGAGGAAGGUGAAAAUUCUCACAGAUCUGGUGUCAACGCGAAGGUCUAAGAAGACUUGCCAAGAUGAGGAAGGCGGCGAAGAUAAGUUCUGCGUUAACAGUGAUGGUGCUGAAUAUCCAUGUGAUACUGAGUCCCUUGAUGACGAUCUGGAUGACAGAGUACAGGAAGAUGAAUUUGGAGAUUCAACUAUCAGGAAGUCCUUCAGUUAUGGCUCUCUGCAGUCUGUCAACUACGUUGGUGGCCUAGUUUAUGCCCAUGCAAAGAUUGAUGGGAAGCAUGAGGACUGGAUAUAUUAUAGUAACCGAAAAUCUGAUGUCGGUUUCCAUGUAGAGAAAGUGUUGCCAUCAACCACAGAGACUGGGUUGCUAACUGCUAAGCGCAGUAUACUUCCUUGGAGAAAGAGGAAACUGAGUUUACGGUCACUGAAGGCUAAAGGCGAACCUCUGUUGAAAAAGGCAUAUGGGGAAGAGGGAGGUGAUGAUAUUGACUAUGAUCGACGCUUGCUAACAUCUUCUGAUGAAUCUGUUUCAGAGGGAUCAAGAGGAGAAGAUGGAUCAGCAAACGGUAUGGUGUCAGAAUUUGGUGAUGACAAUUUUGUCAUUGGAAAUUGGGAGUUGAAGGAGAUAAUUAGCCGCGAUGGCCAUAUGAAGCUUUCAUCCCAGGUGUUCUUUGCAUCAAUAGACCAGAGAAGUGAGCGAGCAGCUGGGGAGAGCGCAUGUACAGCACUUGUGGCUGUUAUCGCAGACUGGUUCCAAGCAAAUCAGAAUAUGAUGCCUAUCCAGUCACAGUUUGACAGCCUUAUCCGUGAAGGAUCACUAGAGUGGAGAAACCUUUGCGACAACGAGACAUAUAGAGAGCGUUUUCCUGACAAGCACUUUGAUCUUGAAACUGUCCUUCAUGCCAAUAUUCGCCCGCUGACAGUUUCCCCCAGCAAAUCUUUUAUUGGAUUCUUCCAGCCCGAAGGCGAUGAUGACAUGAGUGGUUUUGACUUUCUUAAUGGUGCCAUGUCAUUUGACAACAUCUGGGAUGAGAUUGCCCAGGCAGCAGAGUUCUCAUCUAGUGAUAGCCCUAACUUAUACAUAGUAAGUUGGAAUGACCACUUUUUUCUACUCAAGGUUGAGCAUGAUGCAUAUUACAUUAUCGAUACCCUUGGAGAAAGGCUCCAUGAAGGGUGCAGCCAGGCGUACAUUUUGAAGUUUGACAACGACACUACAAUUCACAAGGUACAUGGUGAAAAGAAACCUUCUAGCCCCGACUCAAGUGGACCAUUGAAGGACUCUUCAGGUUCUGAGAGCUCUUCAACUGACCAGGACAGUGGGAAUGAUACUGAAGAGGGCGUGCUUGUGUCGAUGGGCAAAGAAUCAUGUAAAGAAUACAUCAAGAGUUUCUUGGCAGCCAUACCAAUCCGGGAACUACAGGUGGACAUCAAGAAAGGACUGAUGGCAUCAACCCCAUUGCACCACCGCCUCCAAAUCGAGUUCCAGUACACCCAGUCGUCCCCAAAAGAGACUGCAUCAGCCACUCAGCUUCUUACCAUGGCUGCCCCUUUUGAGUUCUCAUGGCCUGAGCCACCACCAACAAUGGAAGUUGCACUAACACCUGCCGUCUCUGUUGUAUAG